AUGAUGGCCUCGUUUCCGCCCCAGCAGCGUCGCAGCAACGACGCCAGCGUGGCAGCAAGACCGCGCUGGCCCCAACAACGGCGUCAGCUGCCACCGCAGACGAUUUCGACGCUGACCGACUCGCUGAGCGACGGCACGAAGCAAGGGGCGGCGCACGCCAAGUCGGCGCUGGCCGGCUGGUCGACGACGCAGCUCGUCCUCCUCGCCCUCGUCGUCGUGUUUGGCGUCGCCCUGCUCGGCUGCGCCGCUUGGUGGUGCGCCGGCUUCAAGCGGCGCAGGAAACAACGUCGCCGCCUCGGUCGAAGCCGCGCCGUAUCGCCCAGCCUCGUCGAUGCGGCGGCGGCGGCCAACGGCGAGACCGAGAGCAUGGUCCAGUACGACGUCGUAGAGGCCAAGAGGGCCAGGGCCGACGGAUCCCACCAGCUCCAUCACCAGGGCUACCACCACCAGCAGCCGCACCAUGGUCCAGUCACGACAACGGCGGGCGGCUACGGCUACGGCUACGCCAUCUGA